AUGCCCUUAAACUACGUAAGCAUUUGUAUCGCUCUUUACGAUUACACUGCUCAAAACGACGAUGAAAUUUCCUUUAAAGAAGACGACAUACUUUAUAUUCUAGAAAACGACGACGACGAAUGGUGGAAAGCUAAACUAAAGAUCGAAAAAAGCGAAGGUGAUGAAAACACUGAAGAAGGCCAGAUCGGGCUUGUGCCUAGCAACUACAUCCAGGAGGCCGAAUGUAAAAGUGUUUUGAAAGCUGUUUACGAUUACGAGGCACAGUCUGACGAAGAACUGUCAUUUAAAGAAGACAAUAUAUUAUAUUUAUAUGAUAAAGAUGACUCUGACUGGUAUUUGGUUAAAUUCAAUGAUGUAUUUGGUUUUAUACCAGCAAAUUAUGUCGAAGAGAGUGCAUCUGAUAAUAAAUAUGUUGAUCCAUUACAAUUGUAUGCUCGUAAAGUUGCCACUCAAAAAAGUGGCACGUCAUCGGCACCUGAUGUUAAGACAUGGUCUGUUUCGGAGGUUAUUGUUGUUGAUAAGAAAAAAAAGAAAAAGAAGGGUAAACUAAGUAUUGGGGGCGAAAAUAGUGUCAAAUAUGAGAAAAAAAAUGUUACAAUAAAAUUUGGUGGUCCAAAAUCUGCGACUUUUAAUUUUCAUACUUCAAAUAAAAGUGAUGCUGAAGCUAUCUAUCGACAAUAUGAGGAGUGCGCUGCAAGUUUAGAGUUGCCAUCUGUCAAACUUGAUGCAAGUUCUAUAAAAUCUCCACGACCGUCUUCAGCACACGAAACUGAAGAAACUGAGUCACAACCUGACGCUGAAGAAAAUGAAGCAGAAGAGGUUAAUGAGAUGGAAUUGCCACCACCUAAAGUUGGUAUUGCGUUAUAUGAUUUCGACGCUCAAGGAGACGAUGAAAUCUCAAUUCGAGAAGGCGAUGAAGUAUGGGUUAUCGACGAUGUUAGUAGCGAUGAAUGGUGGAAGUGUCGUAAAGGUGAUGAGGAAGGUAUGGUGCCUUCUUCUUAUAUUGAGAUACGAAAUGAUGAUGAUAAUGCUGAUCAAGUUGCUGCCGAAGAGGAACGACAACCUCGUCCACCCGCUAAGACGAAGUCUUCUUCAGACGAAGCAGCCAUUAAGAAAAUCCAAACACCAACAAACCGCAUAUUACCUGAUAGACCUGCCCAAGCCCAGUCAAAAGAUAAACCACUUCCAUCAAACACAAGAAUUUGGACAGAUCGAACUGGUUCAUUCCGAGUUGAAGCAGAAUUUCUCCAACUUGCUGACGGCAAAGUACAACUUCAUAAACUCAAUGGCAUAAAAAUUGCUGUUCCCAUUGAUCGGAUGAGCAAAAAAGACCUUGCAUAUCUUGAGGAACGAACUGGGGAAAAACUAGAUGACAAAUCUGAUAACAUACCUUUGGCUGCUAUUGUCGCUGGACAUAAAGGAAAGACAACCUUAACAAAUAAAAAUAAAUCAGAAUAUGAUUGGUUUGACUUCUUUCUCAAAGCUGAUAUCACGCAUGACGAUGCGUUCAGAUACGCUGAAGUAUUUAUCAAUGAAAAGAUGGAUGAAAGUUCGAUAAAUAAUUUAGAUCGUAAUGUGAUGAAAGAGCUCGGCUUGAGAGAAGGUGAUAUAAUUCGAUUUGAAGAACUCGAAAAAUCACAAAAAAUGUCAGAGUUUGAAGUAAAGGUACAAAUGAAACGUGAUGAACAACUAGCUAGAGAACUUCAAGAGGAAGAAAAUAGGAAAGCACGUAGUGAAGGACGGCCAAUCCCAAAAGAUGCUGACUUGUAUGGUAAAGGGACUCUAGAUUCACUCAUUCAACGAGAUGACAAAACGACAUCAUCGAAAUCUCCACCACUACUUUUUUCUGAAAACAAUGGCGUUUUGAAAAAUAAUACGAAAAAAGCUCGUCCUACGCCCACAAAAACGGCACCAAUACAGGUUGAUGCGAAAACUUUUGUAAAUACUAUGAGCACUAAGGAUCAAUUGGAUGCUGCUUUUAAGCCAUCUUCAAAUUCUUCAAAUUCAUCGUCUUCUACGGCACAGAAAUUUGAUGAUGAUGCUUGGAAGAUUACUGAUUCAACUCCCGCACCUCCUCUAAAUAAUCAAUUAGCUAGUACAAAUAUUUCCACAAAUUUGAAUACUAGUGCUUUGACUUCUUUAAGUCCUGCUGUUUCUUCUUAUUCUAGCAAUUCGUCUACAUCAUUUCAUGCCCAACCUUCUCAACCUUUGAUACAACAAAAUUUAGCCCCCCCUCCCCCGCAACCAAUCGUUGUUCCAUUGAAUUCUACCCUUCAUCAGCCUUUAAUUCCAGUUAAAUCUGGAAGUUCUCCACAACUUACCGCGCAAUUUAAUUCAUCAACUCCGAAUUUGAAUACUUUUAACGCACCGACUUCCAAUGCUCUUAAUACAACACAAUUUUCAACAUCUCCAAACUUGAAUUCUCUUAGUGCACCGAUUCCUAAUGCACUUACUUCAAUGCAAUUUUCAUCAACUCCAAAUUUGAAUACUUUUAGUACACCGAAUUCUAAUGCACUUACAGUUUAUGGAAGGUCAAAUUCGUCUGGGGGUUUUCCAAAUUCAAAUAAUGCAAAUUCAUUAGGAUCUAUGGGGAAUUUCAACAACUUCUCAAAUACGAAUAGCAGCAACUGGAACAACUCAAGUGUACCUAUGUUGCCCACUAAUAAUACUUUAUCAAAUCCUAACCCGGGAUUUGGCCCAACUGGUAUAAAUAAUCAGUAUAUGACAACCACGACAACUGUCCAAUAUCAUCAAACAACCUCGUUCCAUCAACCCAUGCAGAAUCAACAACAAACAAAUUCGUCAAUAUAUGAUCCGAAAAAUGUGUUUGCUUCCAUGAAAUCUGGACAAAUUGGGCCAAAAACUCUAUCAAAUGAUUUAGGCAUUAAUGCAUCGGCUGAUAGAUAUGCUGCUUUAAAGCAAGUGAAUCCCCAAGGUCCAAGUGUCUUCAAUAAUACAACAUCUACAUUCCAGACGCAAAGCUCAACUAGCUAUGGUUUAAAUCCAAGUGGAUUCAAUGCUAAUCCCGCAAAUUGGAAUCAAGGCGUUCCUCUUGGACAACAACCUGGUCAAUUUGGACCUAACCAACAGGGAUUUGGUACUACUAACACCGGAUACAACAAUCAACAACAUGAUAAUUUCAACCAAGGAGGGUUUAAUAAUUUUAACCAAGGAGGUUUUAAUAAUAACAACAGACAGUGGUAA